AACGAAAAUUUAACAACAGUGCAGUUUGACAAGAAAGUUUUGUUGAUGUAGCACUUUAAACUUUCAUUUUAAAAUAGUGUUUUAUUUAACCGUUAAUAGCAAAACAUGGCAAAGGUACCCCUUCUUAUUCGUGUUGUUGAUUCAAGUGUAUGUUGUAAUCACACGCCACAUCGUCAUGUCAGGUACCAAUAUUUCAUGCUUAUUCUCACAUUCUUUUGCUACAUGUCGUAUCAUUUGAGUCGUAAACCAAUCAGUGUUGUUAAGGCCGAAUUACAUCAAAAUUGUAGCAAAAUCCCAUUCAACUCCACUCAUUGGUGGCCUGGAGCCACACCUCCUAAGAAUCAUACUAAGAAUGGUACAUGGUGUGACUUUCCACCUUUUGAUAAGUCCAAUUACCAGGGAUUGUUUGGCGACUUGGAUUCUGCUUUCUUAGUACCUUAUGCGAUCGGAAUGUUUUUCAGUGGAAUGAUAGCCGAACGUGUUUCAAUUCGUUACUUUCUAUCAUGUGGUAUGAUACUGUGCGGAAUUUUUACCUCUAUGUUUGGUAUGGGAUAUUUCUUAGGCAUUCAUUCUCUCGCAUUCUACUUAAUGGCUCAGGUACUUAAUGGACUUGCACAAACAAGUGGUUGGCCAGGAGUUGUAACUUGUGUAGGUAACUGGUUUGGCAAACAAAGGAGAGGCCUCAUCAUGGGUAUAUGGAACUCUCAUACCUCAUUUGGAAAUAUAUUGGGAUCAGUGUUAGCUUCUGUAUUUGUGGGUUACUCGUGGGGAUUGUCAUUUAUUGUCCCAGGAAUAAUCAUUGGAACAAUGGGAGUCAUCUGCUUCUUUACUCUUAUUGAUCAUCCAGAUGAUAUGAACUUUGUACCUGGAGAUAAGGAAGAUAUAAAAUAUCAGUGCCUUCCCAAGUGUGAGGACAAUGAAAAUCUGAUCACAGAGAAUGAUCUGAUAAACAGUGCUGAACCAAUCAGUUACAAUUCAACUGAUGAAAAUGAAGAAAAGGAAUUGGAAUCAGAACAGAAACCAAUUGGUUUCUUUGGUGCUUUAAAAAUACCAGGUGUGGUUGAAUUUUCAUUCUGUCUUUUGUUUGCCAAACUUGUCAGCUAUACAUUCUUGUACUGGCUUCCAUUUUAUAUAAAAAACACAAGCACACUUUCACCAACAAUGUCAGGACUUAUGAGUACAUUGUUUGAUAUUGGAGGAAUAUUUGGAGGGAUUGUUGCUGGCCUUUUAUCAGAUUACACUGGUGCCUGUGCCUCAACAUGCAGUGCUAUGUUGCUCAUUGGAGCACUGAUGAUGUAUCUCUUCAAUGUGUACGGAUCAGUAAGCACCGCUGUCAGCAUCACCUUACUUCUAGUUACUGGUGCAUUUGUUAAUGGACCAUAUGCAUUAAUAACCACAGCUGUGUCUGCUGAAUUGGGCACUCAUGAAGUUUUAAAAGGAAAUGCGAAAGCUCUGUCAACUGUAACAGCUAUUAUAGAUGGAACAGGAUCUAUAGGUGCUGCCAUAGGACCGUAUCUAGCUGGCAUGAUAUCAAAAACAGGAUGGACCAAUGUAUUCUACAUGCUUAUUGCUUCAAACUUUGCAGCUAUGCUGCAUUCAUUGUCAAGAAUAAAUAAGUAACGGAACUAUUUAUUAAACUUUGUAGGAGGAAAACUUACACUGAUCUACCACAUAGCUCUGAGCAACAUGCUUGAUGGUGGCUUUCAUAAUAUACAUGCUUUUUAAUGUUGGUGCAAUCCAUGAUACGCGCUUUAAAUCUAUUACACUACUUCGUAACGUUUUUCUGUUUGAUUUUUAUUGCUAGCUCGUUAAUAAAUCAGACUGGUAACUUCAAUA